CUAGCACGGACGGACCCUUUCCCCUGCACUGCGGGCACCACAAGUGACGUUGUCUCUUGUCCAAUAAGAACGUUUUUAUGGUGGCUGAUCAUCCAAUGUUGAGCUCACUUGACCAUCUGCCACACCUUUUUUAGGAAAUAUUUCCUCGACUCCACAUUCAUUUCGUGUUACGGCAGUGUGCUGUUCAUUUGCAAGACAAUUACAACUGUUUCAAAAGAGACCUGAUAUUCCGUUUCGUGCGACAAGAUGGCUUCUCAAUGCGUGUCAAAAGUAGAACUCUCCAUCUCGUGCAGCAAUCUCCUCGACAAAGACGUUGGAUCCAAGUCUGACCCACUCUGCGUGCUGCUGCAGAGCAUUGGGGAUGACAAGUGGACCGAGUUGGACCGCACAGAGCAGGUGAAAAACUGCCAGGACCCCGAGUUCUCCAAGAAGCUGCUCCUGGACUACCACUUUGAGAAGGUGCAGAAGUUGAAGCUGGGUGUCUAUGACAUAGACAACAAGUCUGUUGAUCUGAAGGAUGAUGACUUCCUGGGGGGGUUUGAGUGUACGCUGGGACAGAUUGUGUCCAGCAAGAAGAUUACCAGACCUCUACAACUGAAGAAGGGGAAGCCUGCAGGCAAAGGCACCAUUACUAUUACUGCUGAGGAGAUAAAGGAUAACAGGGCCAUAGUGCUGGAGGUGGAGGCUAAAGGCCUGGAUAAGAAGGACUUGUUUGGGAAAUCGGAUCCAUUCCUAGAAUUCUUUAAGCAAGGAGAUGAUGGCAAGUGGCAGCUGGUUCACAGAACAGAGGUUGUCAAGAAUAAUCUGAGUCCAUCAUGGAAGAAAUUCACUGUGGCUCUGCAAACAUUCUGCAACUGUGACAUGAGCAAACCAAUCAAGGUCCACUGCUCUGAUUAUGAUAGUGAUGGCUCGCAUGACCUUAUCGGUGUUUUCCAAACUAAUGUGUCUGAGCUGCAGAAAGCUGCCCAUGGUUCACCGGUGGAGUUUGACUGUGUCCAUCCAGAGAAGAAGAAGAAGAAGAAGAGUUACAAAAACUCUGGAGUAAUCAGUGUCAAGAGCUGCCAGAUACAGGCACAGUACACAUUCCUGGACUAUGUCAUGGGAGGUUGCCAAAUAAAUUUUACGGUGGGCAUUGACUUCACUGGGUCAAACGGCGACCCUCGCUCUCCACAGUCCCUGCAUUACCUGAGCCCUGACGGUCUGAACCAGUACCUGUCGGCCACCUGGUCAGUGGGCCUUGUUGUCCAGGACUAUGACACUGACAAACUCUUCCCUGCCUUUGGAUUUGGAGCUCAAGUGCCCCCAGACUUCAAGGUAUCCCAUGAAUUUGCACUGAACUUCAACCCAAGUAAUCCUUACUGUCAAGGGGUCCAGGGGAUUGUGGAGGCCUACCGCAUGGCCCUACCUCAGGUGAAGCUAUAUGGUCCCACCAACUUCUCCCCCAUAAUCAACCACGUGGCAGGCAUCGCGUCAGGGGCGGCACAGCAGAACAACGCAUCGCAAUACUUUGUCCUGCUAAUCAUCACCGAUGGCGAGAUCACGGACUUGGACCAGACCCGGGAUGCCAUCGUCAAGGCCUCACGGCUGCCCAUGUCCAUCAUCAUCAUCGGGGUGGGCGAAGCAGACUUCAAGGCCAUGGAGCUGCUAGAUGGAGACGACGGCGUACUCAAGUCCCUGAGUGGCGAGCCCGUGACCAGGGAUAUUGUGCAGUUUGUGCCCCUCAGACAGUUUGCCAAUGCCCCUAAGGAAGCCCUCGCCCAGAGUGUCUUGGCUGAAGUGCCCAAUCAACUUGUGUCCUACUACAAGAUGCUGAAACUGGAUCCAGUCAACAUUCCUGCCCCCAAAGCUUAGUGGAGCAAGCAGAAAUGCAGCACUUUGCAUUCCUAGCCACACGAGGGAGCCAGCACACUCCACCACACAGGGUUUUGAUUAUGCCCACUAUUGGAUGUGAAAAUACUGAAAUUAUUUCUGUCAAUGCUCAUUUUGCCUUUUGAUGCCACUUAUGAUAAUUCUGACUAUAUAUAUAUAUAUAUAUAUAUUUUAUUCUUUUUUCUACAGUCAUAGAUAUUUCUCAUUCUUUGCUGCUUCAGAUAUUCUUCUUUCAUUCCUCUGGAAGUAACAAGGAGUUCAAGAAGGGUGAUGUUGAAAAAUAGUGGAAAGGAGAGCUUUAAAUAAAGCCAAAAUAAUCAUGCAUUUCAUGUAAUGCAGCUUCAAAACAUUUGAUUAAAUAAAGUAAGCUACUCGCGUAACACAAAGUUUGAACGAUCAGACCAAGAGCGUAACUGCGUUUUGGUACACCAAAACUCUGUUGCAAAGGCAGAAGCAGUGCGUUCUGUGUGGCGCAUACAUGGAUUUAUCCAACGUAUGCAUUGAAUUGUAUUUGUAGACUUGGCGGAAAUAGUAACAAAAGGUGAAUGUUUAACUUUUGUUUCACACAUCCAGUAAAACGAUUGUAUUAUGUAAUGAAAAAGGUUUGACCGCCAGAAUUGAUUUUGCAGCAUUGCUGCAAUGAUGCUGUAGGUCUGAUCAAGGUGUUACAUCUUCAUAAUAAUAAUAAUGGCUACAAAUGUUUAGCUUGCACCGCACGUUACAUGAUUCUAAAGGCUUCGGUAUGCUUUGGUUCGGCUGGCACCUAGCAGAAAUUGGCUCGGUGAACCGAACGAGUGUGCUUGCAUACUCCCUUAAAAGACCUUCGCUUGAGGAAAAAAAAGCAGUGAUAGUACUGUUUGUCCAACUUGAGACUCUGUAGCCAGUAUACAUACACUUCCUCACAAUAUUCAGAAAUAAUCUAAGAUAACUGAAGAAAUCUGUCAUAAAUUUUUACUUUGUUGAAUGACGGCGCGUAGCCUAGUGGUUAAAGCAUUGGACUAGUAACGGAAAGGUUGCAAGAUUGAAUCCCCGAGCUGACAAGGUACAAAUCUAUCAUUCUGUCCCUGAACAAGGCAGUUAACCCACUGUUCCUAGGCUGUCAUUGAAAAUAAGAAUUUGUUCUUAACCGACUUGCCUAGUUAAAUAAAGUUUUUUUUAUUUUAUUAAAAUUGACAAACAUUACUGUUGACCAAUGACUGACGAAGGGGUGUAUGGCUACCGAAAUUCAGCUUGCCUCAAGGUUGUUUUUUUUUGUGCGAACAGACAAAAAAAAUGUCAAUGUCGUCCUAAUAUAUGCACAAACUAUGCCAAACUGUUUCAGAUAGGAAGCAUGCGGAUGCCUUUUGUCUCGUGUGGCCAGCCUUUCAAAUCCCGUAUCUUCAGAUUUGGAUUUUCGAGUUUGAAGUGGCUGCAUUCGUUUUGCAGUAUUUGUUGAGCAGUGGCAUAGUGUGUUUGUAGCCUACUUUUUCUUUCUUCGAGGAUACUUCACUUUAUUUCAUCUUUAUUUUCAUUGCAAAGACGCUUCCUCCGUUAUAGAGGUUAGUCAGGGUGAUUCUACGUUAUCAGUGCAAACAUCUUCAUUUCCUAAUUGUGUUUGUUACAUCUUGGUCAUUCCACCACUCAAACUUGGAAUACUUGUGCAUGGCCUUUUGCACUGCUUAUUAACCUUUAUGCAAUGUAGUUUUUUUACGAUAGUGUGUCACAUUAUGAGAGCUGGUAGUAUACACCACCUUGCACUUAAUAUGCUUAAAGUGUAUGUCACAAAUGCCAAAAUGUAAACAUAACUGGAGACAGUCAUUUUUGGAGGCAUGACGCUACAGUAUAGGUAGGAAUAGGAUUGGUAGCUAGCUAACUCUAAAUCAAUCUAUAAAACUCUAGCAAGCUCUAGCGAGCUAACAAACUGAUGCGGCUCCAGUAUUGUUCACAUUUUGACGUUUGUAACGUAUCCAAUUUAGAAUGGUAUUCUCAUGCUGGAGAUUAAUUAGAAAUGUAUGCUAAAUCAUAUUAAUCUGCUGCAAUAGAAUGUAUGCUAUGGAUUGCUAAAGUUUUGUACCAAAGAUAAAUAAAAUGUGCCUUAAUUAGAGUAGUGCUGUAGAACUUCUCACAUUGUUUACUACACCCAUUUGACCACUAUUAUUAUCAGGAAAUUGCUAUUGAUCCAGAUGUUAGAUGCUUUCGCCUAUUCUAUUUUCUCCCUAAAACAAUGGAAACUAAAAUGAUAGAUUUGAGAAUGUAAUGUUUAUGUAUUUACAUUAUAGGGUCGUCCCACAUGUCCACAUCUUGGUCUUUGAUUCAGACAAAGUGUUGAUUUUGAUGCAAUUUGAAAGCGUACAAACAGGGUUGUCAUUUUUACACCUUUUUGACGUCAAUUAACAAAACAUGUUUUCUUGUGUUAUGCUGUAGCUUAUACCCUAUUUCAAAUCAAAUUAGGUGUUUGUUAUGCCCACCAUACUCUUUAAAUACAUUAAAAUACUAAAAUGUGAAUUAAAAUGUAACAUUUCAACUCCAAAUGGUACCAUAAAAAUUGUUGCAGGUCCACCCAUCAGACAAUGUUAACUUGAAUGGGAAUAUCCAUUGUUUUAAAUAAUAUUGUCAAUCUUCUAUAGCAGGGGUAUUCAACUCACCCUAUGAGGUCCGGAGCCUACUGGUUUUCUGUUAUACCUCAUAAUGAUUUCCACACACCUGCUGUCCCAGGUCUAAAUCAAUCACUGAUUUAGAGGGGAACAAUGAAAAAAAUACAGUGGAACUGGCUUUGAGAUCCAGAGUUGAGUUUGAGGGUUCUAUAGGAAACGUGUUGAAAUCGUAGAAAUAUAGAUGAUCGAAUAGACCCCUCAAACGAGACUCCAGGUGUGUGUGAAAUAAAUUCCGGUAGAACAGAGAACCAGCAGGCGCCGGACCUCGUAGGGUAUGAGUUGUGUACCACUGGAAUAGACAGUCCCAUUCAACGGUGGGAGGACCGGCAGCAGUCUUUGUGGUUCGUAGUUGGACGUUAAAAUGUCAAUACUAUUUAAUACCUAUGGCGUACCAGCUAAAUUGUAGUGGACCUAUCCCUUCAGACCAAUCUAGGAAUUCUAUUUCUCUGAUUGAAAUUACACUCCCUGUUAUCAAGUGUGCUGAUGGUGGGGACAACAAACACCACAGAUUUUGUGAAAUAGGGUCUCCGCUACAAUAUGUGAAUAUGAAAAACUGAGUUAGUGAGUUGAGAUAAUUGACUAUUAUUGAUUAACUUUAUUUUAAACAACCUUAAUGAUGGCUGUUUUUCAAAGGGGUCUCUGUAUUUCCGAAAUGUAGUGUGCAAUUAUAAUUAAGACAAAUGUUCUAUUAUAUUUUUAUUUUAUUAUUUACGAAAAUGAGUUCUCUGUGCCAUGAAUCUGGUUUGCUUUAGUAAUGUGCUUUUGUGGCCAAAGUGGAUUUGGGUGUGAUCUACACAUUUGAACAGAAUCUUAUUUUUUUUUGUUCUUGCACAGUUACACAGGGCCAUGGGAUUGAUUUUGUGUUCGUUAUACAGCAAGACUGAUGGCAGCAUUUGUGCCAUUUAGAUUCGAAAAAACACACUUUCUAACUUAAUGCCAAACAGUUGUGUUAUGAGAUUUAAUUGAACUAAAUUAAGGAGCCAACACAAAUUAUAUAAAAAUGAAAUAUCAUUGUAAUUGUAACCAAGAGACCAUAACCUUAUCUAAACCUAGCCAUACCAACAUUCAGCCAAUUAUAUUUAGGAUGCUUUCGUUUUCACCCUUUCUGAAAUAUAGCUUUUUGCAACAUGUCUUUUGCAUUCUGAAAUAAACACAUAUUUCAAAAUGA